AUGAUAUUGCGACCAAACGCUUCGUUUCCGCUUGUUUCACUUAUCCUACUAUCCUGUAUUCAUUCCGUAAUAGGAUGUCGAGACAAGGAAACCGUGUCGUUUUUUGUGAACGGAGAUGUGAAGUUACCACCAUCAGCAACCGCUUGCUUUAAUUCAUGUGCUCUUGGAAACUGUACAGGUGUACUAUUCCAAGGAGAAAAGUGUAUAGUUAUGGAUAAAUCCAAUUAUUUCGGAAUGAUUGAGGAGAAAAACUAUAUUGAAAAGAAAUGUGUGAAGAAAUCUCCCCAUAAACUUCUUGUCCGAGAAUGGGAUGAUAGAAUACUUGUGGAUAGAAGCCGUUCAGUCCGAAAAGCAGAAUCCAAACUGGAAUGUUUGAGUUUAUGUGCCCAGGAGAAAAGUUUUCCAUGUCUUUCUGCAAUGUUCUAUAGAGAAAGUAAAGAUUGUCUUCUGAAUUCUGCUUCCAGUACUUCUGCUCCUCUCAAAAUGGAUACUGGGGGAUUCAAGGUUUCUUACAUGGAACUACAUGGUUUGAAAGAAGCGGUCCACUGCCUCAAUGCGUUUAAAAUGAUCGCCUACAAUGCGAUUGAAAUCCGUGGAGAAUCGAGAAUUUACAAUGGCUCCGAUGGUCUUGGCAAAUGUAUAGAGCGGUGCAAAGAUUGCGAUAUCGUAAUGUACAAUGAAGCAUUUUCGGAAUGCUAUUCUGUCUGGUACGAUCCUUCUGGACAAGUUCUGGAUUUUGUUAACGACGAAUAUCAAGUUCUGACCAAUGCUUGUUCAAACUACAAAAAGAACUGCAAUUCAAGAAACGCAUUAUACGUUUCUUAUUACAAUCCAGAUGAGAAAUUAAAAGCAGAAUGUCUGGAAAAGUGCACAAUGUCCGAGGAUUGUCAAUAUGCAUAUCAAUCGAAAGAUCUGAACAGUUGUGUGAUAUCCAAGAAAAAGAAGUCUCUUCCGAUGAUUGCCCAAAAGUUAUGCAUCGAUGUGAGUGAUCUGAGCGAUGGUUCAGCAAUACUAUUCGAUGAAGUUGGAGGAUGUAAUCAGGAAAAAGGAUUUUUCGAACUCAAGGAUUUGGAGCUAUACGAGUGUAUGCAGAUGUGUGCAACUCAUCCGAAAAGGAGCUGCGAGUCUAUCAGUUACACAAAAAAUCGGACCUGUUACCUCCACGAUGGCGCAAUUGAAACUUUUGAUCUAAAUUCCGAUUGCUCACUUUUUACCCUCAACGUAAUUACUUUCGAACAAGAAUUUGAGACAACUACGUUGCCGCCCGGAGAUUCGAAAGUGAAGAAGCCACACAAAGCAAAAACAUUCUCCUCCGGUAACAAGAAAGAUCAGAAGAAAGUGGAAGAAAAAAAACUAUUCAUCAAGAACUCUCCGACGCCAAGGUCCCUUGAGAGAGUUGGGAGAAAUCCAGUUGAUGUCAAGAUCCAAACUCAAUGCAAUUUUGGUUUCAUCUCGGUGAAAGUCUUACCAGGCAAUCCUGCAAAUCACGACUUGAAUGGUGGAGAGAUUUUUGUGAGAAACGGUCACUCCAACUGUUCUGAAAGAAUAGGAAAAAGCGGAGAAGCUACGUUGAUCAUCCAUCACAAUGACACAUCUUGCCCUAUUACAAAGAACGGAGAUACCUACGAAACUGUAGUUGUUGUGACCCAAAACAUUGAAAGUAUUGGCAAUGCAACUGUGAUCACGAUCGACGAUCAACUUUUCAAAGUUCGUUGUGAUUACUCGAAUCAGAAGAAAGCAGUUGCAGUGGCAAAAACCAUGAAUCUGAGAACAACACAAUUCAACAAGUUGGAUAUUUAUGGAAAGGUGAAUGUGAAACCGUUGAGCAUGGAACUGCGAGGAAAACGAGAAAUUGUGAAAGCCCAAACUGUGAGAAUCGGACAAAGUCUUGAUUUGGUGUUCACUGCGGACAACUCAAUCAAUGCUCGUCAUGUAUUCGUGAACAAAUGUACUGCGUUGGAUCGUGAUGAAAAUGAGAAAAUUGUUUUGAUCAAGAAAAGUUGUGCUACCCAACAUGCAAAAGAAUACGUAUUACGAGGCGAGAUUAAGGAGACCGAUACUGGUUUUAUUCUUCCGUUCCGCGCGUUUAGAUUCAAACAAGGUGAUGCGGUCAAAAUUGAGUGUGAAAUGAAGUACUGUGAAAAGUGUAAAAAGAUAAAUUGCUCAUCUCGGAACAGACGGUUCGCUAGCGAAGAAAAUAAUGACGAAUCAGUUUUGACCGAUAGUGAAGCGACGGAAAAAGUUCAUGCAGAACUUGUUGUUCAAACUACAGUAACCUCGGAAUCUUUGAAUGGAUACUGUCUUGGAGUUGGCUACUGGAUCGCUUUUCUCUCGGGCACCCUUCUUAUUAUUGCUACCCAAUUCAUAGUUGUGAUUUACCUUUGCUUGAAGAAUCGCUUCUCUGUACAUAAGCUGAUUUGA